AUGGACGAGGCUGACUUUUCAGAAGACAUGACUUACAAGCAACAGGAGGAUUUGCCUUAUGAUGGAGAUCUCCCCAGGAGCAAGAUGCACAAUGAGUGUAACGUUCCUUCAAAUGAUGCCCAUACCAAUGUGGCUGAUCAGACUCUUUCAGUCGGAGAUGCCCCUGAGAAAAAGGCUCCACAGGAGACUUUCAGAAACAGAGCUAUGGUCAUGGCCCCAGACAAAAUCACUGAAAAUCCUGUCGACAAAAAUGAUGACAAAGAGAAGCAAUGCCUCAUUAUUCCGUGUGUUGCAGCUAAUGAAGGAGACACCUCAAAGACGAAUGUGUCUAAUAUUUUACACCAUCAUCUUUCCAGAGAGCGGUCCCUAAGAGGUCAAGGCAUUGAAGAUAAAGCUCCCCAAAAAACCUGGAGUUCAGACAGCUCUGAAGAAGCAGCCAUCAUUGAAAAUAUAAUUUCAGGUUAUAUUCAGAGUCCUUGCCCGAAACAGCAAAGCCCAGCCAUCACAGACCGACUCAGCCUUAAAAGGGAUGGUGAAAGCAGCCGGAAGUCCCAAAGGGGAAUCACAGCAGAGGAAAAUGCCCAUGACCCAGAAAGGCCAGAGGUUGCUGAACAGAACCACCAUCAGGAAAACACAAAGCUCCCCAGUGAAAUUGAGGGUCCAAAUGAUAAACUUCAAAGCUGCCAAGGGCGAGCACCCCAAAAGCAGGAAACUGAAAGAGCACUUUUGGGCAGUGGGUUCCACUAUGGCCAAGGUCAAGUUCUUUGCCAGUUCCCUGAUUUCUGGAAGGCUGCACCUAAAGUGAAAAUGUCCAAAACUAACACCAUGAAUAGAUCAUUGAUAAUAACUAAACAACCCAUCUUUUCUCCUAAAUUGAGAUAUAAGCCAGCUAUUAUGCAUGAUAUUUUAGAAACCAUGUCUAGGUCACAUUGUUCUGAAAAGCAACAUCAAGAGCAGAAAAGAAAAAUCACAAAAGUUUCACAGCAAACACAGGUGAACAACUGUGUUGGGUCCAGUCCUCCAGCGGCUAAGAUGAAGCCUACAGUCCUUGUCUGCCAGGAACGUCUCCCAGGAACAGAAUCUGAGACAAAGCUCUUAAAGCUGUCGUCAACCUGGCAGAAAGAUCGUCUCUCAAGUUCUUCUUCCAUAUUUCAGAAGAUAUCCCAAGGAAAACAGAUGUGUCAGAGCUUGAAAGAACAGACAGAUGAGCUGAUGACCAAAGUGCAAGAAUUUUCCAAUAGAAUAAAGCAGGACUCUAACUGCCAUUUGCAAGACCUAACAGAGGAGCUCCCCAGAGGCCCUUCAGCUCGGCACGACGGAGCAGAGAUCCUGCCAUUCAGCUCCAGAUGCGCCUUCUGCCGCCACCGGCUGCUGGAAUGGAAGCAAAAGAUGGAGAAGAAAAGCCACAGAAGGAUCAGCUGUGGAGGACCUGCUGCUGAUGAUUGCAAGAAGGUCCUGCUGCGUCGGGACUCGGCCCUCACUCUUAGCCACAGCAAGAAUGUAGAUGUGCUCAAGCAAGAACAGCUACCAGUACAAGCUGCUCUCAUAAGUCAGUGGGCCAGUCACAGAUCUGCCACCAGGCAGACCACCAAGGACCUAUGUUCUGAGGUUAAUCAUACCAAACUUUUUUCAGCUUGCUCAAAAUCAAAAUGGAUCUGUUCCCAGAAAGUGAAUCCUAAAUCCAUUCCCAAUGAACAGGCACCCACACCUGGGAAAAAAAAUCUGCAGCCCCUUUCGGCCUCCAGCCCAAACCCCGCCUCUCCCUUACGCCCCGUCCAGUCCUGCAAGAUAUCAGGGAGCAAAUCCCUGUGUGAUCUCAGUACCGCCAAAGACACGGAAUCCAAGAUUUUAAACUCAGCUUUGGAUCACGCUCUAAAGACAGCAAGCAUUUUGAAAAAAACUACCGAUCAAAUGAUUAGAACAAUUGCAGAAGAUCUUGCCAAAGCAGAGAAAUGGAGAAAUCGGCUGAAGUACUAGCUCAGCCCAAGCCAACGGAGGCUUAGAGAAAAACAAAUUGCCAGACAACCCGACCUACCAACCCCCACCCCCAUAUUUUAUUUAUUACACAGUUUAGGAAGAUGCUGCUUGACAGAAGACAUCCAAAACCUAAGGAAUAGCAACAUAAAAUGCUUACUGGGGGAUGGGGAUGGGGAAAAGACCUCUUAAAAUCAAGUAUUUAUUUUAAAAUAAACCUAUGUCCUAACUUACAUUAAAGAA